UAAUUGCAUUUGCUUUUUAUCUAGUGCUUUCUUAAAUAAGUAGUUUCGCAUAUAGUAACAUUAAAUAUAGUCCAAAAGACAUAAACAUUUUUCAAAAAUAAUCCCCUUAAAAAAUUGAUAGGCUACCUUUGUGUAAAACACUAGAAUACAAAAAGUAACGGUUUUUAUACGUUUUUAUGAAGUUAAUCAUUCCAUUGUUUUCCACGUGCUGCCUCCAACUAUCUUCCUGAUAUUCUGAACAUUAUACUCACAGAAAGCAUCAGUCGCAACAUGAUCAUCCAUUUUUUGCAUACAACAUCUCUAACACAAAGACGAAGCAGUGAGUCGAAGAAGCUGAACUAAGUGAAACUGGCUCAGACAGUCACAGUGAGGACACACGGACUGUGAAGCAGUGACGCGCCACCGUGCGCUUGGUCACUUCGUCCUCUCUCUGCGUAGAGUCAACACAUUCAGAGAAACGCACAGGACAGAUUAAUAAAUAGUGUAUACCUGAUCGAACCAAAAAGACGAAAUGUUCAGCAAACCCCUCGCUUUUUAAGUCCCAAAACUGAAAAGCGAAUGACCAUGAGACUGGGGAAACCUUGUGCUCUGCCAUGCUGAGCAUCUCCAUCACACUCCUGCUGUCUCUGAUCGCUCCCGCGCGCUGUUCCCACAGCUGGAGCGACGAAGAUCUCCUUCUUCCACCCAUCAACUCCUCCAACACAUUCCUACCCAGCCUGGAGGUGGACGUCGGCUUCUCGAAGAGGUCCGUGGAGGAGCCCGAUGCGUCCUCGCAGUGCAACGUGAGUGUGGAGAGGCUUCCCACCAAACUCGUGGCGCGGUGGGACAGCAACUUUGGUUUCCAGUGCGACGUUCUCAUUUACACCACCAACAACCAUGGCAAGGCGUUCUUCUCCGCCGCCUUUAACCGGGCGAUCUCACCGGUGUACAUCGAGCACCUGGGCGUCACGGGUGCGCAGCAGGAGUUCAGACUGUGCGUUGGAUGCGGUCUGUCCAGAUACAGAAGAUUCAGGCGAGGCAGGUCAGAUGCUCAACAGAUGGGCGACUCCGUCCAUUUCUGCUGUCUGGAUUUUUCUCUUGAUGAGCUGAAGGGGGACAGGAGCUGGAGGUUAAAUCGCAAACCCAUUGAGUCCACUCUGGUGGCUUGUUUCAUGACUUUAGUCAUAAUAAUAUGGAGCGUUGCUGCCCUCAUAUGGCCGGUUCCCAUUAUCGCGGGAUUUCUUCCGAAUGGAAUGGAGCAGAGAAGGCCGAGAUAAUAGACUAUAACGCACUCUUAAAAAUAAAGCUUCCUAAAAGGUCUUUAACAUCCUUUGCACAAACGUUUUUUUAUGAUGGGAAAGGUUCAGUAGGCUAUCAAAAGGUAAGAUAGGAAAUCUCUGACUAAAAGGUUCUAUUGAG